AUCCAUUUCACCUCACCCCGCCUCUCACACCCACACUCGCUGCAUCAGGCACACGUGCGCCUGCAGCAUGCCGUCCGGCCGCGUCUCGAGCGCCUCGCGCGCCUCGCGCGCCUCGGGCAUCGGCACGAGCGCCUCGACGCCCGCCAAGCUGCAGCGUCCGGCGCGCAAGUCGGCGGCCCGCAAGUCGCAGGACUUCAUCGUCAUCUCCGACGACUCGGACUUCGAGCUCUCUGCGUCGGCCGAGGCCGAGUCUGACGCCUACUCGGCCUUCUCUGCGGGCUCGGCGAUGUCGAGCGGCGACGAGGAGCUGCCAGAGGAUGAGAGCGCCGAGCUGUCGAGUGCCGGCGAGGCGUCGCCGCGCCUGACGCUCGACUCGCGCUCCGACUCGGGCGACGACGAGGUGGCCACGCCGAGCGAUGUGCCGUCGAAGCGUCAGAAGACCGAGGACGGAUACUUUGACACUGGCAGCGACCCGGUCGUCCUGCUGCCGACGAUCGCAUCGCUGAAGAGCAAGCAGGCCAGCAGCAGCCAGUCGCCGCUGCGCCGCGCCAUGAAGCAGAGCACGCUGUCGUUCGGCCAGCGGAAACCGCCGCAGCCCGCGCCCGCCAAGGCUAAGGCCAAGGCGCCCGCAGCGAAGGAGCGCCGCGCCGCGACGCCCGAUUUCAUCGUCGACUCGUCCGACGAGUUCAUCUCGGACGGCGACGAGGGCGCGCCGCGCAAGCGCAAGCAGGCCAGCGGCAGCAAGGGCGCGGCGGCAGGCAAGAGCAAGCGCUGGGCGCCAGAGUUCCGCGCCGGCAGGAAAGUGCGCUACCUGCCCUUCGUGCCCAAGUACGAGGACGCCGUGGCCAUGGCCCACGCUGCACGCGCCAAGGAGGCGGCCGGCGAGCUGCCGCCCAUGAGCGCGCUCGACGACAUAUUUGGCGACAUUGUGCGGCGCCUCGACACGGAUGCGAUUGUCAGCCUCGCCAAGACAUUGCAGGGCCGGCCACUCCGCGUCGCUACCAUGUGCAGUGGCACCGAGUCGCCGCUGCUGGCGCUCAAGCUCAUCAGCCGCGCAAUCAAGGAGCAGCACGGCCUCGACAUUGAGAUCCACCACGUCUUCGCCUGCGAGAUCGAGCCGUACAAGCAGGCCUACAUCGAGCGCAACUUCUCGCCGCCGAUUCUGUUCCGCGACGUGUGCGAGCUGGGCGACGAUCAGGCACACACGGCCUACGGCGCCCUCGUCGACGUGCCGGGUGACGUCGACAUUCUUGUUGCGGGCACGAGCUGCGUCGACUACUCGGGCCUCAACAACAUGAAGAAAGGCCUCAACGACGGCGGCGAGAGCGGCCGCACGUUCUUCGGCAUGCUCAAUUGGGUCGAGAAGCACCAGCCGUCGAUUGUCAUCCUCGAGAACGUCAAGUCUGCGCCGUGGGCCGACGUCGCGCAGGCGUUUGUGGACAUCGAGUAUGACUCCGCCUUCUCGAACACGUUCGACACGAAGAACUACUACAUCCCGCACACGCGCCAGCGCGGCUACCUCAUCGCGACGCGCAACACCAAGGACGACUACGCGGCCAACUGGGAGGCGCUGACCAUGAGCAUGGUCCGGCCUGCGUCUUCCUCGCUCGAGUCGUUCCUGCUGCCGACGGACGACCCGCGUAUCCAACACGUGCGCCAGCAGUUCGCACUGGGCGAGGGCUUUGGUCGUUCGCGCUCGACAAUCGACUGGAGCCGCUGCCAAGGUCGCCACGAGUUCGCACGCGCCGAUGAGCAUCUCGGCAAGGCUCGGCCGUUCACGGCAUGGGAGGAGGGCGGCGGCUGCAAGCUCUCGCACGAUGCAUGGAACGAGUGGGCGCUGCCGAUGCCCGAGCGCGUGCUUGACCUGCUCGACAUCACGACGCUGAGACACGCCAAGAUGGGCAUCGACGCGAGCUUCAAGAGCCGCGUGUGGGAGCUGAGCCAGAAUGUCGAUCGCAACAUUGCGUCGUCUCGGCCAGGCACCUGCGGUUGUCUGACGCCGUCCGGCAUGCCGUAUCUGACGUCGCGCGGAGGCCCGCUGGUCGGCCUCGAGGCGCUUUCGCUGCAGGGCCUGCCGCUCGACGAGCUCCUGCUGUCGCGCGAGACGAACGAUCAGCUGCAGAACCUGGCCGGCAACGCCAUGUCGUCGACCGUCGUCGGCUCGUGCGUCUUUGCCGCUCUCCUCAUCGCCCAGCCCGAUCUGCAGCGCCGCCGGGAGAAGGUCGACGUCGAGAUGCAGCAGCAAGAGGAGACGGAGGCCGCUGCGCCGGCCAUGAUCGGCGAGCUGGCAGAGCAGGCCUACGAGCUCGACUCGCACGCCGACAAGAUUGACCUGGCCAAGCUGCUCGAAUCGGCCGUCGCCAGUGCCCAGCGCUGUUCGUGCGAGGGCCGCGCUGCCACGUCCGACCAGCCCAUCUUCCAGUGCACGCAGUGCAAGCACACGGCUUGCGGCCGCUGCAAGGGCCGCCCGGAGCACUCCUUCGAGCCCUUCCUUGACGAGCGCCUCGACACGGACGACUUCGAGGCGGAGCUCAAGGCGCUGCUGCCCAUGCGCAUCGUGCUGAACCUGCCCGAGGCGCCGGCAGACCCUGCCGAGCCGGCGGCUGGCUACGAGCGCUGGAUCGAGCGCGUGCAGAUCGUGCUUUCGUCCGCCGAGCUUCUCUUCUCCGGCCUGCUGCGCCAGCGCAGCUGGACGGCCGUCUUCGCCACGAGCUCUGGCGAUGCUCGGCUUGAGCUUCUGCUCGACCCGGCCGACCCACACUGGCGUCUCUUCAUCGAGCCGGAGCGCGAGGAGCCGACGAAGAGCAAGCUGCGCUCGAUGCUGCUGCACCCCGUCGCGCGCAUGCGCCUCACGCUCGACGCCAAGAGCCUUCUCGACGGCGAGUGGGAGCUCAAGCUGCCGACCAACGAGAAGUUCACCGCGUUCAUCACCGGCGGCGGCGAGCUCGUGCCGACGUGGGAGGCGGCCAUGGGCAUUGGCGGCGACUUUGCCAACACGAAGCGCUUCAGCAGCAUGGAGGUCAAGGUCGACGGCCUCGGCGACGUGGCUGGCACGUACGACCUGCUGCCCAAGUGCGGCACGGCCAACGGCGCCUUGCACCUUCGCCGCGAGGUCACGGAGGCCGCUGCGAACCGCCGUGCCAUCGCCGUGCCGCGCUCCUUCCUCUUCCUCGACACCGACCGGCUGCGCGACAAGGACCACGACUCGUUUGUCUUCUCCUCGCACAUCGCGCCGCUGCCGUUCCCACUCGAGCGCACAGUCGACGCCCGCGCGCCGCUCGGCUGGCGCCUGCCGGUGCCGAACAAGAGCGCCGCCGAGGGCGCGACCAAGGAGCUGAAGACGACACUCACGCUCGAGGGCCGCUGGGUCGCGAGCUCUCUCGCGAUGACCCUCAUCGAGCCGGAGCACGCCUCGCGCUCUCGCAUCGGCGCGUCUGCUGCGCCUACGACGCUCGAUGCCGACUCGCGCUGCGUCGACGCACUCACUGUGCUGAGCUGCUCGGCGCGUAUCGAGCGCGGCGAUGAGCUCAACCGCGACAUCUGGCCGACUGUUGAGGGUCAGUGGGAGAAUGUGGACCUCGAGCACAAGGCGACGACGACCUUCAACGCGCUCGCAUGGCUCGUCGAGCGCGUGCCCGCUCCGGCCAUCAGCGCGGAGUGGACGGCUGGGCCUACGGUCGACACCGAGCACUCUCCCACUUGCGCGAUUUGUGCUCCGAAGCAGCCCGACAUCCAGUGGAUCGCCGCUGCGGGCCAGCCGACGCGGCCAAUCGAGAACGAGGAGCAGGCGGCGCCGUACGAGCAUGCGCUGAAGAAUCGCCCGCCGCCAUUCGUGAUGCAGCUGCGCAUCGAGGACGGCAUGGCCAUCGCCCGCAUCGGCGUCAACCCGCUGACGCUCAUGCACCGUGCGCUCUCGCGCCUGCCGGUGCUGAGCCCGGCGGUCAAGACGACGCUGUCUUGGCGCCUCAGCAAGCAGGACAAGUCGCUCGACGAGUUCAACAUCCCCGCAUAUACGCUGCGCUCGAACCGCAAGGACCCCGAGGCACCGACGCCGGAGCUCUUCACGAUGGAGCUGCGGCCGGAGCAGCGCCGCUCCCUCAGCUGGAUGCUCAAGCAGGAGAGCGAGGACGUCGAGCCGUUCGUCGAGGAGGAGGUCUCCGAGGGCCUGCUGGCGCCGAUGCGCUGGCGCGCCGAAGGCAAGGCUACACGCGAGGUCGUGGUCCGCGGCGGCGUGCUUGCCGAUGCCGUCGGCUAUGGCAAGACGGCCAUCUCUCUCGGCCUCAUCGCGGCGCGGAAAGAGGCGGCCGAGCAGCGCAAGAGCGACGACAAGCGCUUCGUGCAUACCAAGGCCACGCUCGUCAUCGUGCCGCCGCACCUGUGCAGGCAGUGGGAGAAGGAGGUCGAGAAGUUCACUGGCGACAGCCUCAAAGUCGUCGUAAUCCACUCCAAGCAGGAGCUCAACAAGACGACGAUUGCCGACAUCCAGGCCGCCGACAUUGUCAUCAUGUCGGUGACGAUCUACAAGAGCGACGCGUACUUUGAAUCGCUGGCACGCCUGGCCGCGGCGAACCCACUGCCCGCCACGGCCGGCCGCUUCUUCGACGCUGCGCUCGAAAAAUCGGUCGCGGCGCUGCGCAAUCGCAUGGUGGAGCUGCAGACCAAGGGCGAGGGCGCGCGCAAGGUCGCCGAGUCCGUCAAGGACAAGGUCGACUUCGACACGUCGCACCUCACCACGGCGAAGAAGAGCAAGCGGCUCAUCGGCCAGGCAUACGCGGAGGCACAUGCCGAGGGCAGCGACGGCGAGCCGAGCGCGAAGGGCAAGGGCAAGGCGCCGGCAAAGGCAAAGGCCAAGCCGAAGCCGAAGCGCCGCGCCGCGGACAGCGACAGCGAGCUGAGCGACUUCAUCUCGGACGACGACGAGCCGAAGCGCAAGUCCAAGGCCAAGGGGAAGCCGAAAGCGGCCGCGCCCAAGGCGUCGAUCGGGCCGGACCCCUGGGGCCUCGGCAGCGCCGCCGUCCGCUCGGACUACACGCGGCUGCACGCUGCGCCGCUUGAGUGCUUCAUGUGGGAGCGCGUCGUCAUCGACGAGUUCCACUACAUUGCCGCCAACGCCGAGCGCACUUUCGCUGCGAUCGCCAAGCUCAGCGCGCACUCCAAGUGGAUCUUGUCGGGCACCCCGCCGACGGCAGACUUUGCCGACGUCAAGUCGAUCGCCACGUUCCUGAACAUCCACUUGGGCAUCGACGACGAUGCCGACUCGACGAAGCAGUCCGUGCGUCUGCGCCGCGAGAAGGCUCGCACGCUGGUGGAGAAGUUCCGCAACUUCGUCGAGGUGCGCUCGCCAGCCUGGCAUCACCGCCGUCAGGCGCGUGGCCAGGCAUUCCUGGACCAGUUCGUGCGGCAGAACGUCGCCGAGAUCGCCGACAUUCCCUUCGUCGAGAGCAUGCGGCCCGUGGCCAUGCCGGCGGCCGAGCGUGCCUGCUACCUCGAGCUGGCGCACACCAUUGAGAGCCUGGACCUGCGUCUGGCGCGCCGGGUCUUCAAGGCGACAGCCAAGACGAAGAAGAAGGGCGGCGCCGACGGCCAGAACGACCGCGACGAGCGCCUGCGCCUCACCGUCGGCGAGUCGAGCUCGCCCGAGGAGGCCCUGUCGCGGCAAGCGGCGCACUUUGUGCUCGACGAGGACAUGGACACGACGGACGCGGCCGCGGCGUGCGAGUUCAUCGUCAGCGAGCGCGAGAAGCAGCGCGACGAGUGCCUCGCGCAGCUCGAGCGCGAGAUCCGCGACAUUGCCCUGCCGCAGCACUUCCUGUGCCUCGUCACGUACGAGUUCCGCGACGAGCACAACUGGCCGCUCGUCGUGUUUGCGCAGAACGUCGAGAACGGCUCGUGGGGCGACCCGGAGUGCAAGCCGAAGCUGAUCGAGCUGCUGAAGAAGCUCAAGUGCACGGCUGGCCCGGCACUCUCUUCCGUCAAGGAGGGCCGCACGCGCUAUCUAAAGCUCAAGCCGAAGAAGGGCUACUCGAAGGAGGAGGCGUGGGCCGAGGAGGCCUCGCUGCGCAACACGACGCACCUGCUUCAGCGCCUGCGCAACGAGUAUUGGGCACGACAGCAGUCGCUGCGCUACUUCACGCGCGUGCGCGACAUCCAGCGUGCGAGCAAGAGCGGCGAGCCACUGGGCGUCGUGUGCCCGUCGUCGAAGUGCGACAAGGGCGGCGUGGAGCUGCCGCUUGAGAAGAUUGCGCUGGCGUCGACGUGCGGCCACACGGGCUGCUACGAGUGCGUGCUGCGCGAUGCCUACAUCGGCCAGUGCUGCACGCCCGGCUGCAACGCGCUCGCCAAGCCCACGUCCAUCGUCAAGGCCAGCUCGCUCGGCAUCGAGGAGCCCGGCACGCGCUACGGCGUCAAGCUGCAGCGCGUCGCCGACCUCAUCAACUCGCUGCCCGACGAGGAGCGCAUCCUGCUCUUUGUGCAGUUCGACGGCCUGCUGCGCAAGGUCGCAGACGUGCUCGAGGAGUCGGGCGUGUCCUUCGUGCGCCUCACGGGCACGUCGAGCAACCGCAGCAACCAGCUCGACUCGUUCCAGAGCGGCGGGGACCGGGUGCUGCUGCUCAACGUCGCCGACGAGAGUGCCGCUGGCUCCAACCUCACCGUGGCGAACCACGUCAUCUUCCUCUCGCCGCUCAUCACCGAGGAGGCGCAGCAGUACCACGCCACGAUGGAGCAGGCGCGCGGCCGCGCCAUCCGCUUUGGCCAGACGAAGGAGGUGCACAUCCACCGCUUCGUCGCCAUCGACACCAUCGACCAGUCGACGUACGAGAACCGAGAGCAGAAGACGCUCUGAGGGUCUAGGGCUUGCGAGUGUAAUGUCAUUGUGUUACCGAGCUGG